AUGAGAACCUGUCCACGUGGACACCUGGUUUUUGUAGCGGUGGGCGCGUGAAUCGGCGGGAUGCACAAACUCUCUGACCUGUCACGGUCUAACGCUGCUGUCAACUCUUACAGCAGGAAUAUGACAGACAUUUAUAUGUAAGAAGUGGUUUACAUCUGAUACCAUGGCCAGUACAAGAACUCGAAGGAUUUGUCAUGUUGUGGAGGAUCAUACAAAGUGUUCAGGCUAUGAAUGCAUGGAGCUGAAAUGUCCCAGAAAGUCAUUACAGAAGAUUAAGUGGUCCAGGGAUGAGGACGAGAAGUUGAAAAGGUUGGUUGAGCAAUACGGUGCAGAUGAUUGGAUAUUUAUAGCCAACCAUUUCAAGAAAAGAACAGAUGUGCAAUGUCAACAUCGAUGGCAAAAGGUGCUUAACCCUGAGCUGGUAAAAGGGCCAUGGACAAAGGAGGAGGAUGAGAGGGUUAUUCAUUUAGUUCAUAGGUAUGGUCCUAAACGUUGGUCCAUCAUUGCCAAACACUUACAUGGAAGAAUCGGCAAGCAAUGUCGUGAGCGCUGGCACAACCACCUCAACCCUGAUGUAAAGAAGUCCUCCUGGACACAUGAGGAAGACAGGGUCAUCUACGAAGCCCACAAACGAUUAGGCAAUCGCUGGGCAGAGAUCUCCAAACUCCUGCCUGGCCGAACAGACAACUCCAUAAAGAACCACUGGAACUCCACCAUGCGGAGGAAGGUGGAGCAUGAGGGCUACCUCCAGGACCUGCCUCCCACUCAUGCCUGUAAGAGCACCAAGCCCCCCAUCAAGAGAAGACCCAAGAUCUGCAGCUCCUCUUUGGACCACCUGCAGGUCCAAGGCCACUACAUUAUGACUAUCCCCUCCAAGAUGUCUGGCUACUCUCUUGGCUUGUUGGACGCCCAGUAUGUGGACAAUAUCCCAGAGUCCUCUGUCUUUGUCCAGCACACGGAUGGCUGUUCUAGCUGGCCCAGCAGCAGUGUGACAGACGACGGCAUGACCAACAGCGCCCUGGGCAGCAUGGGGGACCAGAGCAUGGAGAACCUCCACCCCCCGUACCAUCUCCACCUCCACAGUAUGGAAGGCCACCACCAUCACUGCCCCUCCUCCUCCGUUUGCACCCACAGCUCACCGGCCAGGUACCUGUUUGUGGAAGCCAGCACCGUGCUCUCCUCCCUCCAGACCAUCCCGGAGUUUGCCGAGACACUGGAUCUUAUUGAUUUGGACCCAGUGGCUUGGAGUGAGGUGGCCAGCUUGAGUUUGAAUGAAAUGACCUCGCCCCAGAAACAGGAAACCACACCUUUAAGUGCGGAGGACAAAGAGGAAGAGGACGCUAGCUACCAUUUUGAUGAAGAUUCCGCCGUGUCAGACCCGAGCAGAAACUACCUGGAAGGGAUGCCUGUAUCACCGCCUACAGCCCCUUUCAUCCCAAGGGCGAGGGAAAGGAGAGUGGAGAGGUGGGGGGAGCAGUCCCUCAUCAGCGAGUGUGACAGCACCUCCUUUUUGGACAACAGUGCCCUCUCACCCAAGAGCCCCCCCGUCAAAGUGCUGCCCUUCUCCCCCUCCCAGUUUUUCAAUGUGUGUGAAGGGGACAAUCUGAGUCUGGACUAUCCAGCACUUACCUCGACGCCUGUGUGUGGUCACAAUCGUGACAGCGCCACAACACCACUCCAGAACAAUGCAACCUCUAAACACCAGCAUGAGAGCACUGAAUUUAGGACUCCCAAGGUACGGAAAGCCAUCAUGCUCCCCAGACCACAGACUCCGACACCCUUCAAGAAUUCCAUGACCAUGCAAAAUAAUACAGAGGGCCCUUUGAAAAUGAUGCCCCAGUCAUUUGCAUAUCUGGAAGAGGAUAUGAAAGAGAUAUUGAAAGAUGAGUUAGGGAUGGACAUACAACUUUAUGAAGACUCCCAGACUGAAGACCUCAACACCUGGAAAUAUGAGGACUAUGCGUCUAACAAAAGAGCAGUAAAAGCCCUGACUCUGGAGCCCUGGAAUAAGGAGAACCCCAGUGCUCAUCUCUUAACCAAAGAACACUUCAGCAACAUACAGAUUCAUGGGGAGAGCUUACUAAACGGUGCCCCACUGGGAGGCUCCAUGUUGGGCUGUGAACAGCUGGCGUUCUCCCCUGUAGUGGAGAGACAGGAGCCCUGUCAGGCCUUCACUGUUGCCCUCAGGAGGGAGGGCCCUAAUGAUAGUCCUGCCCCCCUCAAGCACUCUCAGCAAACACACUACCCGGUCAGCAGUGAGUGGGAGACAGUGGUGUUUGGUAAGACUGAUGACCAGAUGACCAUGACAGAGCAGGCCAGGAUGUACAUCCACUCCCAUACCCCUGGCUGUGCCUACAGGACCCUGGUACUCUGACGAGCCAUCAGCCAGGAGCUUAUAUCUAUCCAUACUAUGGAUUUACACCAAGCACAUUCCAAAUUAGCAAUGUCUUAACAGCAAGUUUUUAAAGUUCUUCUUGUUAUCAAAAUUCAAUACAAAAUCCAUUAAGGAGAAAGUGUUGCAAUUAUUAGUUUACGUUAACAAUGAGCAGUCAUAUUUGUUUCUGCAGAGGGGGUAAUCUCUUAACAAAGUCCUUUUUUUCUGUAUGUUAAAGAAAAAAUCAGCCUUGUACAAGACUGCACCUGGAUACUACUUCCACAAAGGUGUUUUAUGUUUUUACAUUUUUCAUGUGCUAUUGAAAGCCAUAAUCUGGAGUUAAACAUACCUCACUGCUAGCAUAGCGAGCGUGAAACUAUCUGGGUGUUAUUGAGGGGUGUUGGUAUUAUUGUUCUAAUGCAUGUGUCUGGUGUUGAUGCACUGCUACCUAGAGCCCAACUCUGGAUUAUGGCUUAAUAUUACAUGUAGAUAUUUGAGGAUGUUCAUGCUGUUUUCUGCCUAUCUAAAAUCCCACGGUAUGUGAUGUCUCAGGUAUGACUUUCAAACAACUUUGACUUACCUUAAAGAAUCAACUUCAGAAUCAUGAUUGAGGCUGAUAUAUUGUUUUACUAUAUUCAGAAAUUUUUAUUUGAAUGUUUUUUAAAACUUUAUUAGUAUGUUUUUGUUAAUGAAACUAUUCUAAUUCCUCCUUAAUUGGGCAACUCAAAGUAAACCCAGAAAAAUAAUUGGAUAACAAAAUGGUCCUUUUGUAAAUCAAGCUUUUUGGUUGUAAAGUUUACAGCAUGUACACACUGGGUGUCUAUAGUGAAGCAAAGGGCAGCAGGAGUACCAAAUUGGUUGUUAAAAAACAAUCUGAUAAAAACAAAAAACAUGUUACAUAUAAAACUGCAUGUGAAAUAUUUUCAUUUCUUAUUUAAUUUUACUCAAUGUUGGCAGUGUAAUGUAUAUAAGUUAAAGCUCUUAUUUUCAAAGAGUUCAUUUUUAUUGGGUAGGUAAGGUAGACUGAUGUUUUUUUUUUUUUUAAAGCUAUAGCGUUUUAAAUGUGCAUUUCUAAUCACCUUAAAACAUAAAAAGCUGAUAAAUGUCACAGGUAGUUUGUGUACUAUUACAAUCCUUUACAAUACAAUUACAAUACAUUGAUAGGUUUAUCAUCCUUUGUUAAAAUAGGUACUACAUAACACUAAAUAUCAAGAGGGACAUUUUAUACACAAAUGUGUUUUGUGUAUGUAACUCCCAUCUGAUUAGUUCAUUUUUAUCUUUUUAUCAGUUUUAACAAUCAGAAAUGUGAUUUGUUCUUUGUUAGACUUCAAAUUCUAGGUGCUACGAAAAUGCUAUAAAAAACAUGCACUUGGUUUCUUGCUUUUAUAAAUGGGGUAACAAUUUGCAUUGUAUCUACAUUUUUGGUUAGAACUGCCAACUUGCAGUUAGUUUGAAUAAAAUACUGAAACUAUUUUUGUUUAUCUUGUGUUGUACUGUAGCUGAACAAACUCCAAUUCAACAAGUGAAAAAAUUAAUACAUUAAUACAUUUUAUAUAAAAAUAGGUACAACCAUCACAA